GGCCGCGGGUUCGAGCCCCGGCGCUGCCGCUCGGCGCCCCGGCCAUGGAGGCUGCGGCGGAGCCGGGCGCCGGGGCGGCCGGGGCGGAGGCCGAGCCGUGCCCGGAGGGCUCCGCGCACCGGCUGAGCGUGGCGGAGCUGGACCGCGAGCUGGACUCCCGCGGCGAGCUGAUUGAUGACAAAGAGUUUGACAUUCCUCAAGUUGAUACCCCUCCAACCCUGGAGAGCAUCUUAAACGAGACUGAUGAUGAAGAAGAGUCUUUCAUUCUGGAGGAUCCCUUUCUCCUGAACGUGGAUAACACGGAUGCACACUCCUAUGACACAUCUUCUGUAGCAAGCUCUGACAGCGGGGACCGGACACACCUGAAAAGGAAGAAAAAACUCCCCGAUUCUCUCUCACUCCAUGGAUCAGUGAUACGGCUCUCGCUUCUGAAAGGAAUUUCAGCCCAAAUAGUGUCUGCAGCAGACAAAGUGGAUGCUGGCUUGCCCACUGCAAUUGCAGCAUCAAAUCUGAUAGCAGUGGGGACUUCCCAUGGGUUAGCACUGAUUUUUGAUCAGAACCAGGCUCUGCGGCUGUGUCUGGGCAGCACUGCAGUCGGGGCCCAGUACGGGGCCAUCUCUGCUCUCAGCAUCAACAAUGACUGUUCCAGGCUGCUGUGUGGCUUUGCAAAAGGACAGAUCACCAUGUGGGAUCUGGCCAGUGGGAAGCUGCUGCGGUCCAUAACAGAUGCCCACCCCCCAGGAACAGCCAUUUUGCACAUCAAGUUUACAGAUGACCCGACGCUUGCGAUUUGCAACGACAGUGGAGGCUCCGUCUUUGAACUGUCAUUUAAGAGGGUUAUGGGUGUGAGAACAUGUGAAUCUCGAUGUCUCUUCAGCGGCUCGAAGGGGGAGGUUUGCUGCAUUGAACCCUUGCAUGCAAAAGUUGAGUUGAGAGACCAUCCCAUCACCCAGUAUUCUCUGCUGGCCAUGGCUUCCCUGACAAAGAUACUGGUGAUUGGCCUGAAGCCCUCUCUGAAAGUGUGGAUGACCUUUCCUUAUGGUCGUAUGGACCCUGCUAGUGUCCCUCUUCUGGCAUGGCACUUUGUGGCUGUACAGAGCUCAGUGAACCCCAUGCUGGCGUUUUGUCGAGGAGAUGUUGUUCAUUUUCUUCUGGUGAAGCGAGAUGACAGUGGUGCCAUACAUGUCACCAAGCAAAGGCAGCUGCAUCUACACUAUGACCUCAUCAACUUUACUUGGAUAAACUCAAGGACAGCAGUGCUGCUGGACAGCGUGGAGAAGCUGCACGUGAUAGAUCGUCAGACACAGGAGGAGCUGGAGACCAUAGAGAUCUCAGAAGUUCAGCUGGUCUACAACAGCAGCCACUUCAAGUCCCUGGCCACAGGAGGCAACGUCAGCGAAGCUCUGGCAUUGGUUGGAGAGAAGGCUUGUUACCAGUCCAUCAGCAGCUGUGGUGGUCAGAUCUUUUACCUUGGAACUAAGUCUGUGCACAUCAUGACACUGAGGAGCUGGAGAGAGAGAGUUGACCACCUUCUGAAACAAGAAUGUCUCACUGAUGCCCUGGCUCUAGCUUGGUCUUUUUAUGAAGGCCUGUCUGGGGACACAGGCAAGCGGAAGGCAGUCAUUGCAGACAGAAUGGUUGAAAUCCUGCUCCAUUAUGCUGAUCGCACUUUGAAGAAGUGUCCUGACCAAGGAAAAAUCCAGGUUAUGGAGCAACAUUUUCAGGACGUGGUGCCUGUCAUAGUGGAUUAUUGCCUCUUACUGCAGCGCACGGAUCUGUUGUUUAACCAGAUAUAUGAUAAGAUGAGUGAGAAUUCAGUAGCUAAGGGCAUCUUUUUGGAGUGCUUGGAGCCAUAUAUCUUAAGCGAUAAGCUGAUGGGAAUCACAGCUCAAGUGAUGAAAGACUUGCUGCUUCACUUCCAAGACAAGAACAGGUUGGAAAACUUGGAAGCCUGCAUUGUGCAUAUGGAUAUCACCAGCUUAGACAUACAGCAGGUGGUUCUUCUGUGCUGGGAAAACCACCUCUAUGAUGCCAUGAUCUACGUCUACAACAGUGGGAUGAAUGACUUCAUUAGUCCCAUGGAGAAGCUGUUCAAAGUUAUUGCUCCUCCACUGAAUGCUGGGAAGUCUCUCACAGAUGAGCAGGUGAUAAUGGGCAACAAGCUGCUUGUAUAUAUAAGCUGCUGCUUGGCAGGCCGUGCAUAUCCAUUGGGUGAUAUUCCUGAGGAUCUGGUACCUUUGGUUAAAAAUCAGGUCUUUGAGUUUCUGAUCCGGCUGCACUCGGCUGAGGGCUCGGUGGAGGAGGAGGUCUAUCCCCAUGUCCGCACCUUGCUGCACUUCGACACUCGGGAGUUCCUGAAUGUUCUUGCUCUGACUUUUGAAGACAUCAAGAAUGAUAAGCAAGCUGUGGAAUACCAACAGAGAAUUGUGGACAUACUUCUGAAAGUCAUGGUAGAGAAUUCUGACUUCACCCCAUCACAGGUUGGCUGUCUCUUCACCUUCCUUGCCCGCCAGCUUGCCAAGCCCAACAACACAUUGUUUGUGAACAGGACACUUUUUGACCAGGUCCUUGAAUUCCUGUGCAGUCCGGACGACGACUCCCGGCAUUCCGAGAGGCAGCAGGUCCUGCUGGAAUUGCUGCAGGCAGGAGGGAUAGUGCAGUUUGAAGAGACUCGUCUCAUCCAAAUGGCAGAGAAAGCAGAAUUCUAUCAGAUUUGUGAAUUCAUGUACGAACGAGAGCAUCGCUACGACAAAAUCAUUGGCUGUUACCUGCGGGAUCCAGUGAGAAAGGAAGAAGUUUUCAACUAUAUUCACAACAUCCUGUCCAUGCCUGGCUACAGUACUGAAGAAAAGCAGUUGGUGUGGCAGAAAGCUCUGGAACAUAUAGAGGAGCUGCUGUUGCUGAGUCCCUGCAAGGCAGCUGACCUGGUGGCCAUCCACUUCGGUGAGCAGAUGGAGACCAUCAUUGCAAACCUGCAGGACCAGUUCUUACUCUUCCAGUUUCUGAGGAGUCUCCUUGACCCAAGAGAAGGCAUUAACCAAGACCUGAUACACUUACCACCCUGCAUCACUGAGCAGUUCAUCGAGCUGCUUUGUCAGUACAGCCCAGAGCAGGUUUUGGACACACUGAAAGUUCUGGAAUACUGCAGACUGGAAGAAACCAUCCAGAUAACCCAGAAGCAUCAGCUCCAUGAAGCUUCUUCAUAUUUACUGGAGAAGAAGGGAGAUAUCCAUGGUGCCUUCUUGGUGAUGCUUGAGUGGUUGCAGAGCAAGUUGCAGAUGCUUACACAGGAUGAUGAAAGCACAGCUGAACUCCCCCUGCUAGAAAACAUUGAAGAUACCUUAAUGAAAACAAUUGCCCUUUGCCAGAGAAAUUCACACAGUUUAGACCAGCAGCAGCGAGAGGCCCUCUGGUUUCCCCUGCUGGAGGCCAUGAUGUCCCCACAGAAAGUGUCUGGUUCUUCACAGGGUCGAUACUCGGAAUCUUUGAAGAGUUUGACAAUGCAAGUGCUGAACAGCAUGGCUGCAUUUAUUGCUCUUCCUUCUAUUCUGCAGAGAAUUCUCCAGGACCCAGUGUAUGGAAAAGGGAAACUUGGAGAAAUUCAAGGCCUUGUCCUGGGAAUGCUGGACACUUUCAACUAUGAGCAAACCCUUUUAGAGACAACUACAAAUCUUUUAAACCAUGAUCUCCACUGGUCCCUGUGUAACCUAAGAGCUUCAGUCACUAGAGGGCUUACCCCAAAGCAGGAUUACUGCUGCAUCUGUCUCCAGCAGUACAAAAGAAGGCAAGAAACUGCUGAUGAAAUCAUUGUUUUCAGCUGUGGCCACUUGUACCACUCCCUGUGUCUGCUGAGUAAAGAGUGUGGCACUGUCACCAAGGGCCUGAUGAGGUGGAUGUGCUAUAAAUGCAACUCGAGUAACAAGGGAGGAAAACUGAGCGAGAACUUGGCAGAGCUAAAAAAAGGAAGUGGAGCCUCCUUGGCACAGGCAAGUUCAGAGUCUCUGUUGGAUCCUCAGCAAAUCCAAGCUUUUGACCAGCUCUGCCGACUGAACCGAGGAACCUCCAGGCUGGCUCUCCUGACAGAACUGUCUCGUGGCCAUGGUGAGAGGCAUGGGCUGCUCAGUGUUUCCCACGGGGACCCAGCCACCAGCAGUGUCUUCCAGAACGAGACCUUCCAGCUCCACCUGGUCCCCCCUCCACUGGCAGAAGACUAGUUAGUGUUCCUGCCUCCAGCCUGGCAAGGCUCCCAUGGUUUCAGGUCUUGGUGCUGGGAGGUAUUUCCAUCACACACUGGACUCUCCACCCAGAGCUCUGGGAGCUGUGAGAGUCUCACGGGAGGUUUGUGGCAGUGGCUGCUGCCCCAGCUCUAACCCGAGGCAGCCGUGGGGCAGCUGGGCUGGGAGCUGAGGACUCUGGAGCAAACCAGACGUGCUGAAGCACCAGGCUGCCUGCACCACCCUGGGGGCUCUUGGAGCAGCAGUGACUUUGCCAAGAAACUGAGUCAGCUCCACUCCCCGGGAGGAGAGAGUGGCCUGUCCUGUGCCCAGGGCCAGUUUCACAGUGCUGGGUUGUUUUGGCAGAUGGGUACCACACUCAAGUUCUAACAGUAGUGAAAGCAGGUGAUUGCAGGGCCUGGCCCACUGUCUCAUGGCAGCAGCUGUGGGGGCUGAGGGCACAGAGCAGGCAGCCCUGGAGAAAGCUGAAGGGUGCAGGAAACAAUGUGUGAGGAAACCAACCUGCACGUGGUGCGUUCCUGCAGACUGCCAUUAAACAGGCCCUUGGCUGAA